UGGAUUUGCUGGGACAUCUUUGGAAAAGCUCUUAAUAUCAUCAUGAAGUUCUACAUGGCACUGGCAACGGCCUGGAUUUUGGUGCUGGCUUUGGCUCAGCCUGGAGAGGCCACCUUUGGCAAGCUGAACCUGCUGCUCGGCGGAGGAGCUGCCUCUGGCUAUGGCUCUGGUUAUGGUUAUGGCCAAGGUUAUGGCUAUGGUCAGGGCUACGGCUCCGGCUAUGGCUAUGGCGGUGGCUAUGGAUAUGCUCCCGAGAACGUGGUGAAGGUGAUCAAGGUGUCGGUGGUGCCAGGAGGCGGCGGUUACUCUGGAGGCUAUGGAGCAGGCUAUGGAGGAGGCUAUGGAGCUGGCUAUGGAGGCGGCUACUCUGGCGGCUUUGUGGGCGCUGCUCCGGCCAUAUCUACCUCGGCUGUGGUCACUCCAGUGGUUACCUCGGUGUCUACCCCGGUGGCAUCACCUGUCCUGGCUGGAGGGGCUGGCUAUGUGAGUGGUUUUGGUGGUGGUCUCGGCGGAGGACUGGGAGGAAUCGGUGGCUUUGGAGGUGGAGCUGCCCUGCCCGCCUCGUAUGGCUUUGGAGCUGGCUAUGGCGCUGGAGGUGGCUUUGGCCUAGGAUUUGGAGCACCACCGCCGCCCCUGGGCUUGGCUUCGGGACUGUGUUGAAAAACGAAAUUUGUAUAAUUUUUUUUUUAUAAUUUUAAACAACGAUUUUGUUUUAAAAAAUAAACUAAUAAAAUGUUUAAAGAAACGACUUGA